GUGCGUCUUGAGAGAGCAGGUGUAUCGGACGGCCGAGGGAUGUCACCUUCGCGAGGCGGGGCGCGGGCAUGGUCGAUUGCGGCAACGACGAGCAGCAGGACGCACUCCUCGAGCGCAGGAGCCCGCAACCUUCGUCCGGUCCUCCAUGCGGCGAGUGUCUGCCCGAGGGCGCCGCUGCUCCCGCCCGCUCGCUUCCACACAUCCGCACCUCGACUCCUCUCUGCGUCGCUGAGCUAUGCGCAAGAGGAAGAGGCCCCGCAAGAUCAUAGUGGCAUCGAGCACCGGCUGCCCCAACCCGCGGACACGAGCUUGUUCGAGUCCAGCACCGAGGAGUACGACGAGUUUGUGCGUCUGGAUCAGCACCACGACGCCGAUGCCGACGCCUCGUCGUCGCAGCAACAGCCCCUUCGGCUUCUCAGGGGCCUCAUCAAUUCAGACAUACGGGCCGCUAAUCGGGCGCUGCACGAGCUCAACGUGCUGAGGACCACUCUCGCGCCGCACACGGUCGCCAUUCGUGCGGCCCUCGACUCGCUGCAAGUGGGCGACAUUGAGGCCUGCCACGCAUGGGUCGAGCUAUUCCCCGUAGCGACGAAGCUACAUGGUGAUGAAGUCGCUUCCAGUGAUCACGCUGGCGACGCGAGACACUUGAAGGACGUGGAACGCUUGCUGCUUCGCCUUGUGGAAGUGUCCGAGGCCACGCCGGCCGAUGUAUCGCGCAUCCUCGUCAAGCUCGUCCAGAGAGGCUUCCUCGUCGAGAGGGCAACGCAGAGGACCAUCGGCCAAGUCUUUGCCUGGGUACUACGCUCGGCAAAGCCUCCUUCUGCAGCAGCGAGGGUUCAUGAUGACCGAAAAGGGAAACAGAGGGAGGUCGAGUCGACGUCGGCAUGGACCUGGCAUCUUUGGAACCACAUUGUGCAGGCCGCAAGGUCAUCUCUGCUAGCCUCUGCGUCGAGUGACGAGAGCGCCGUCGAUGCGAGCUUGGCACGGCUCUACAACCGCGCCAUCAGGACUUUCGCACUGGCAGAUCGGCUCGACACAGCCCUUUGGUGGAUCGGCCAAUCUUCGUCAGUGUCCCCCUCAGACAAGGGCGUCAGAGAUGAAGCGACGGCGCUGCAGGUCUUGACCCUGACUCUGGUCGCAAAGAAAGUGUUUAAUGAUGCGGCCCAAACGAGUCUUCACAAGGGGCAAAAAUCCGGAAGAGAGAGCUCGACAAUGACGGAGCUCAUAGCGAUACAGGACAAGAUCUACGCACGCGCUGCUGAGGAAGCGACCAAAGACAAGAGCGUCGACAAGAGCGAGAGUCAACGUCUGCGGGACACACUGGAGAGGCAGAUUGGUAGACUGGAGCAGAGCAUAGGCGCAGUCGCUGGAGGCAAGGAGCAAGACGAUAUGAAAGCCUCGGUGCUCGACAGGAUGCUUUUAAAACGCGCCAAUCGUCGCGAUAUCGCCGGUGCUUGGAACUUGUUGCGAACCGAGCUUGGGAAGCAUCGAAGAGGGAAAUUGGAUUCGUCCAUGGAUCAUCUCCCUAGCGCGACUACCUUGGCGGUUCUCCUCGACAUGGCAGAGGCGCAUGCCCAGGAUCGCAAGCGGCUCGAAGACGAAUCAGACCUUUUCGAACUUCCGCCCGACCAGGUGCGCGACCAUGCUGACAACUGUAUCUUUCGACUCCACGAAGGGACAAGGGGCGGCAUUGGACUCGUUCAGACGGCCGAGAUGCUCAGGCUCGUGAACAAGGGUGACGAUCGGGCAGCCGUCGAGCUGUUUCGGAGUAUCUUUGUUCAGACGGCCGAUGUUCAAGCUUGGAUGCGCGCCGUCUUGGGCUCUCCCUCCUCGUUUCGCCCCACAGGCGAUUCAGUGCAGGAGAAGGAGGAUGACACCCAUUUCAAGCGACUCGUAUGGCCCGGCACGCAUCCGAAGCACAUUCUUCUCCGUGCCCUUGUUCGACUGUGCGAAAGCGACACCGCAAAGUUGACAAGCCUGUACCACAGUUUCUUGGACUCGCUCGAUGAAGUAUUCGAAGAUUCUACAGCAGCUGCAAAGGAGCAAGGGAAUGACCAGCAGGAGGAAGCUAUCGACGAUGACUUGGCGAUCACAAAGAUUCUUGAGGGCCUCUCCUUUGGCAACUCGUCGUAUCCCUCGACUACUUCGCAUUCCUUUGACCUCUUUCUCAAGUACCUCGUCGACUCAAUUGCCGCUACGUCUCCACCUGGCGCUGAUCGAAAAACGGCACCCGCGUACUCCUUUGCCCAACGUCGGGAACACGAGACGAAAGUGCGCCAGUGCCGGCUCCGAGCCAAUGCGAAGCUCGCCGAGAUCCUAGCCGACAUGAGGCGAUUGAAGGUGGAGCCGAGCGUGGCGAGCUGGACUAUUGUAUUGCAGAACCUCGCGUUGGGCUCUAGCGACUCUUCUUUUGCUUCGAGGAAGCUCCUUCGGCAAGGACGUGAUACCGAGGAUUGGGAAGAAGGGGCCGAGGUAGACGAAGGUACCAAAAAGACGGGCGUGUGGAACCUCGCAAGGGCUCUCGGAAUGGAUCCGGAUCAGCGUUCUAGUCGCACAAUGUCCAGCGCAGGAGCGGCCACGGCGACACUGGCUACCUACCUGGCCCUGAUGAAGGGAUUCCUGGGCGUGCCCGUUUCGCAGGGCGGCCCGCUUCUGAACGAGGCGAGGCGAGUGAGAGAAUGGAUGUUGAGAACUGCGAUUCAGAACGAGCAAGGAACGGAGACGGACACAGAAAAGGCAGAGGUUGACAUUGAGGCAAAGAUUCAUGCUUUAAGUCAAAGCGUGGCGGACCACCAGCAUGUGCACGACGGCAGGGAUGGAGAAUUGUUGGCGGAGCAAGAGACGACACGGGCGCCCAAGUUCUUCACGCUAGAUGACAUCGGAAAGAACGUAAAGGCGCGCAAGACCUUGGCGUGGUUGGCCGAGUGGGAAUCGUCCGCAGACGGUCUAGAGGAGGUAGAGGCGAUACAGGAGCAAGAACAGAGAGAAGCACGAGACGUAUUUUAGGAAGGGUGGCAUCACUGGAGAAUGGAGGAUUGAUUGAGAAAAUUAGAUGAUUAUGUGAACAAAUGCACGUAGCCUGUACUACUGUUUUACAAGAU